GCGCAGGCUGUUCCAAUAAGGUUGGAGUUUGCAUGAUUGAGCUCCAGCCUGUAUUGUACUACCGGUAUGCAGCUCCUAUCCAGCUAGAGAUCUGAGAGGAGAGCCAUGCAUGGGCCUCUAUUACUAUUAUGGCAAAUGCAGACGCUAAUCAACCUGCAUUCACAUGAUGAGUCAUGACUCCAACGCCAAGAAGUCAAUCACGAGAGUUUCAGAGGACACAAUGGACGCGUCAUGAGGACGCCAAACAAUGGCGCCCAACACAUUUGGGGUCUGGCGCACGUCGUGCCUGCAUAUUGCCGCCGUCGCGCUCGCUUUACUCCUAGGGCCUUUCCCCCGGCUUGCCAGCAUAGAUGUCCCGGGCCCUUGUUGUGACGUCUUCCAAGGCGCCAAUCGCACCCUGGUGGACUUUCCCUGGCCGGAAGCCUGUUCUUGCCUCUCAGAAAGCAUCGCAUUGGACCUUUCCAAUCGCAGCAUUGGGGGCAGUUUGCCCCAGUCGUGGGCUUACCCGGACGCUUUCCCAGAUCUCCAGCUGCUAGACCUGUCUAACAACCAGCUCAGCAGCCCCCUGCCCGGUGCCUGGGGGAACGCACUGGGCGCGUUCCGCGCCCUCCAGGUGCUAAACCUCAGUUCCAACUCUCUGAGUAGUGUCCCGGAGGAGUGGGGAAGCAGCGACGUCGGUUUCCCCAAGCUCCAGUCUUUGCUGCUCUCCUACAAUGUCAUCGAAACCCUUCCAGAGUCAUGGGCCACAUCGGGGACAUUUCCAGAGCUUCUCGAGCUGGACUUUCUGGGGAACCGGAUCGUGGUCCUCCCGAAAGCAUGGGGGCAGACCGGUUCCUUCCCCAAGCUGCAGCUGCUGGGCCUUGAGCUGAACCUCAUCGAGGAAGUCCCCAGUUCUUGGAGCAACCCCAAUGCGUUCCCCACACUUCAGGUUCUCGGGCUCUUUGGGAACCAGCUGUCAACCCUGCCCGACGCAUGGGCGGCUCCACUAGCUUUCCCAAGCCUCGCGUUCCUUACGGUCGGGGGGAAAAUUUCCAAGGUGCCGCCUUCCUGGUCGCAGCCUGGAGCCUUUCCAAACCUGCGGUAUUUGGACCUUACACUCAACCCCUUGCAAGAACCGCCACGUCUGUGGGGGGCGUGCUUUGACGAUGUGGGGUGCGGGCUGAAUAUUGGGGGGACGCGAGCGGCCCGUAGGCUUUCCCGGGCGUACAAGAAGCAGGUUUGCCUGGGCAAAGUGGCCAUGGUUGUUGGGAACAACUGGCAGCACACCCUUACGUUCCUGAACACCACGCAUUUCCGGCUCGACCAGAACCCGUAUAUCUACUCCCUCGUUGACCCGAAUCUGCUGGAGAAGCUUUUGCCGACAAUGGGAACGAGCUAUACCGGAGCGCGCUUCAAGCCCCCCCGCGGGGACAAGUGUCGGGACGACCAAGCCCCCAUAGUUAUCGCUGUUGCGUGGGCCAUCUGGUUCGGGAUCUUAUUACUGAUCAUCCUCGCCGUUCACUUCUUCUACCCCGGUUAUGAAGAUCUUCUUGCCACGCGCUCCAGUAGAAAUGUAUCCCAGCCUUCGCCCACCCUAAGACCCGUACUCGUAUACGUGUCUGGCGGCGCCGGGCCAGUCUUUACCCUUGUAGGGUUGGUUCUUAACCUGGUUCUCUUGGUGGCGAUUGCUGGGACUUGGCCAAUGUACGUCCUCCUUGGGGUUAUGCUGCUCAACUAUGUGAUAACCGGGCUGGUUCUCGCUGUAGCUUUAGCGCAUGUCGGUGUUUGCAAGCAAGCUAAGCAGGUUAAGACUAAGCUCUUGGGGGGAGUUAAUUUCCACCUUAACUGGCAGCUGGCAGGGACGUCAUUCGCGGACGUGCCUGCUCGAGAUACAGAGCGGGAGCCUGCCUUGACUUUAUUGCAAUGGGUUAAGGUCCCACCGCUCCUGGUUCUCGGGGUUAUAUUGACCCUUUUGUUGGACCUACUCACUGCGGCCUCCCAGUUGGGUGGGCAACUCAUCGUGAGCGGCAACCCCAUCAACCUCAAGGAUUAUUACACGGGUAGGCAGUUUGUGCAAGCCAUUUUUGGGACUUUACUCCAGGCGGUGUUUGGGUCACUCGUCUACUCUCAGGGCACAUCGCGCAUUACCCCAAUUUAUGUAGACAGGGUUGAGUUCCUAGCAGUCAUAUUUGUCCAGCUAGUCUCCCUGCUAUAUCAGGCUGGAGCUCUCUGCUGUGAGCUGAAGUCGCACCCGAACGCGAGCCUAUGCGACCUGCUCAGGUGGAAGAUAUACUGUAUGCGGGCGCCAUUUGUGUCCUCUCCGAAAGGAGCUGGUUCAAAGGAUGAAACAGUGACGUUGGAGCAGCAGGAAGAAUCUGUGAGCAAACCUCAAGGCUCUGACUUUAUUCCUGAUCAAGGGGCCUCUAAAAAUAGAGAUGUGGAGCUCGCGCUAAAGUAGGCGCUUGCAAGCGGCGAUCAAAGGUGUACCACGCUCCUAGUUGCUUUUGAGCUGUCCACAGAUGUUUUGAUCUGGCUAGAUCAACUAUCAUAUGGAAAUGUAUCUAGUAUGCAGGUUAUGCGAGUUUUGGUUUAUGCGAAACAAGGGCUUUAAGCUAGACUACCGGCGACUGGAGUGUCUAUGUAGUGUAGAGCGUGCUUGCGCAUGCACUUCUUGCCAUAGUGCUUUUGCGACCAUAGCUGA